GGGGUCCCGGUGCUCCGUUAUCCCCGGUGCCCUCCAUCCCGGUGCGCACAGCACCCUUGGGUCCCGGUGCGCCCUUCUCCCCGGUGCCCGCUCUCCUUGGGCACGCAGCACCCUUGGGUCCCGGCGCUGCGUUAUCCCCGGUGCCCCCCGCCCCGCUGCGCGCACCCGGCCGCCCCCUGCACCCCCCGCGGCUGCCGCACCGAGGCGCUCCGUGGCACCGCCCGGGCGCCUCCUCCAGCGGCCGGGGAGGGUCGGGGCGGGGGCCGGGACCGGGACCGGGACCGGGAACGGAUCCUGCCCGUUGCGGGGGCCCGGCUUGGCCUCUCUCUCGGUGCCCUGCUCGCCCCCCCCCCCCCAGCCAUGCUGCGCUGCCUGCUCCAGCGAGCCAGCCACCUCCCCAACCUCGAGAAGGGGGACAGGCAGAGCGACCCGGUGGCCAGCCUGACUUUCCGAGGCGUGAAGAAGAAGACAAAGGUGAUCAAGAACAACGUGAACCCAGUAUGGAACGAGGGCUUCGAAUGGGACCUGAAGGGCACGGCGCUGGACCCUGGGUCCGAGCUCAGCGUCGUGGUGAAAGACCACGAGACCAUGGGGAGAAACCGGUUUUUGGGAGAAGCCCGCGUGCCCCUGCGAGAUGUCCUCUCCUCCCCCAGCCUGGCGGCCUCCUUCAACGUCCCCUUGCUGGAUGCCAAGAAGCAGACCACCGGGGCUUUCCUCAUCCUGCAGGUGUCCUACACCCCCCCUCCGGGUGCUGCUCCCCUCUUCCCUCCUCCGUCCCCCCCUGAGCCAUCGCCGGGGGCUGCCGAGCCUGACACGGUCACCGAGGCGCCCACCGAGGAGGAGGAGGCUGAGGACCGGCCGGCCACGGGGGACGAGACGGAGCCUGCGCCCUCGGGGCCGCCGGGGUCUGAGCCCCCCUCGCUGCCCCGCAAGCCCCCGGUGCACCACGUCCACGGGGUGAGGCGCAGGAGGAGCUCGCCCAAAAAGCCCCUGUCCAACAAGCCGCAGGACUUCCAGAUCCGGGUGCGGGUGAUCGAGGGCCGGCAGCUGCCCGGGGUUAACAUCAAGCCCGUGGUGAAGGUGACGGUCGCGGGGCAGACCAGGAGGACCAGGAUCCGCAAAGGCAACAGCCCCUUCUUCGACGAGACUUUCUUCUUCAACGUCUUCGAGUCGCCAGCCGAACUGUUUGAUGCGCCCAUCUUCAUCACGGUGGUGGAUUCUCGGUCAUUUCGGGCGGAUUCGGUGCUCGGGGAGUUUCGGAUGGAUGUCGAGACCAUCUAUUCGGAGCCAAAGCACGCCUUCCUCAGGAAGUGGCUGCUGCUCUCCGACCCCGAGGACUUCUCCGCGGGGGCCAAGGGCUACCUGAAGGUCAGCCUGUUCGUGCUGGGGCCUGGAGACGAAGCUCCCAUGGAGAAGAAGGAGGUCUCGGAAGACAAGGAGGACAUCGAGGGGAACCUCCUGCGUCCCACCGGGGUCACCCUGAGAGGGGCUCACUUCUGCCUGAAGAUCUUCAAAGCUGAAGAUUUGCCCCAGAUGGAUGAUGCCGUCAUGGACAACGUCCGGCAGGUCUUCGGCUUCGAGAGCAACAAAAAGAACCUGGUCGACCCCUUCGUGGAAGUCAGCUUCGCGGGCAAGAUGCUCUACUCGAGGAUCCUGGAGAAGAACGCCAACCCCCAGUGGAACCAGUGCCUGACCCUGCCGGCGAUGUUCCCUUCCAUGUGCGAGAAGAUGCGCAUCCGGGUGACCGACUGGGACCGCCUGACGCACAACGACAUCAUCGGCACCGCCUACCUCUGCAUGUCCAAGAUCUCGGCGCCCGGCGGGGAGCUGGAGGAUGAGUUUCCUGCUCUUGCGAAGCCUCUGAAAGCCGCAGACCUGGACGACGGGCUGGGCUUCCUGCCGACCUUCGGCCCCUGCUACAUCAACCUCUACGGCAGCCCCCGCGAGUUCACCGGCUUCCCCGACCCUUACGAGACGCUCAAUUUGGGAAAGGGCGAGGGCGUCGCGUAUCGCGGCAGGGUGCUGGUGGAGCUGGAGACCCGGCUGGUGGAGCACGUGGAGCAGAAGGUGGAGGACAUCUCCGCCGAUGACAUCCUGCGGGUGGAGAAAUACCUGCGCCGGCGCAAAUACUCCCUCUUCGCCGCCUUCUACUCGGCCACCAUGCUGCAGGACGUGGACGAUGCCAUCCAGUUUGAGGUCAGCAUCGGCAAUUACGGCAACAAAUUCGACAACACCUGCCUGCCCCUGGCCUCCACCACGCAGUACAGCCGGGCCGUGUUCGACGGCUGCCAGUAUUACUACCUGCCCUGGGGCAACGUGAAGCCCGUGGUGGUGUUGUCGUCCUACUGGGAAGACAUCAGCGCCCGGACUGAUGCUCAGAACCUCCUCCACCACACGGCAGACAGGCUGGAAGCCAACCUGGACUCCCUGGGCGCCCAGCUGCUGGAUGAUAUCAUCGCCGACUGCAGCGUGCCCCUGCCCGACGUGCUGGGGAAGCCGGCCAGCACCCACCUGGACCAGAACAUGUACCGCUUCCGCAGCACCAACCUGGAGCAGGUUGUGCAGGCGGCUCUGAAGCUCAAGCACGAGGAUUUGAGCCUCCCCGCGGUGCUGGAGCAGGCGGAGGACUGGCUCUGCAGGCUGAAGGCCAUGGCGGAGGAGCCGCAGAACAGCCUGCCCGACGUGGUGAUCUGGAUGCUGCAGGGCGACAAGCGCGUCGCCUACGCCCGCGUGCCGGCCCACGAGGUCCUCUUCUCCAAAAACAUCCCCGCCUGCUGCGGCAAGAACUGCGGGAAGCUCCAGACUAUCUUCCUCAAGUACCCCCAGGAGGAGGCAAUGGGACCCAAGAUCCCUGCCCAGAUCCGGGUGCAGCUCUGGUUUGGGCUGUCCGUCGACGAGAAGGAGUUCAACCAGUACGCCGAGGGGAAGCUCUCCGUCUUCGCUGAAACCUACGAGAACCAGACCAAGCUGGCACUGGUGGGGAACUGGGGCACCACCGGCCUGACGUACCCCAAGUACUCGGACGUCACGGGCAAGAUCAAACUGCCCAAGGACAGCUUCCGACCCUCCACGGGUUGGACCUGGGCCGGCGACUGGUUCAUCUGCCCGGAAAAAACGCUGCUGCACGAGGCGGACGCCGGGCACCUGAGCUUCGUGGAGGAGGUUUUUGAGAACCAGGUCCGGCUGCCCGGGGGGCAGUGGAUCCAAAUGGCCGAUGCCUACACCGACGUGAACGGGGAGAAAGUCCUGCACAAGGAUGAGAUCGAGUGUCCUCCGGGCUGGAAAUGGGAAGACGUGGAGUGGGACACCGACCUCAACAGGGCCGUGGAUGAGAAAGGCUGGGAAUAUGGCAUCACCAUCCCCCCGGACCGCAAACCCAAGGCCUGGGUGCCGGCCGAGAAGAUGUACCACACCAACCGGCGGCGGCGCUGGGUACGGCUCCGCCGGAGGGACCUGGCACAAAUGGAGGCCAUGAGGAAGCACAAGCAGGAGGAGCUGGACGGGGAGGGCUGGGAAUACGCCUCGCUCUUCGGCUGGCGCUUCCACAUGAAGCCCCGGCGCACCGAUGCCUUCCGCCGCCGCCGCUGGAGGCGCAGGAUGGAGCCCCUGGAGCGCACCGGUGCCGCCGCCGUUUUCGCCUUGGAGGGGGCCCUGGGGGGAGUGACGGAUGACCGGAGCGAUGACGGCAAAUCUGUGUCCACCCUCAGUUUCGGUGUCAACAGACCCACCAUUUCCUGCAUUUUUGACUAUGGGAACAGAUACCACCUGCGCUGCUACAUGUACCAGGCUCGGGACCUGAUCGCCAUGGACAAGGACAGCUUUUCAGCGCAUCCGUAUGCCAUCGUUUCCUUCCUCCACCAAAGCCAGAAGACGGUGGUGAUGAAGAACACCCUGAACCCCACCUGGGACCAGACGCUCAUCUUCUAUGAGAUUGAGAUCUUCGGGGACCCCCAGAAGGUGUCCGAGUCCCCUCCCAACAUCGUGGUGGAAAUAUACGACCACGACACCUACGGUGCGGACGAGUUCAUGGGGCGCUGUGUCUGCAAGCCCAGCCUGCAGCGCUCACCGCGGCUCUCCUGGCACCCGGUCAGCAAGGGCAACAGGAGCGUCGGGGAGCUGCUGGCAUCCUUCGAGCUGAUUCAGAGGGAGAAGCCGGCUGUCCAUCACAUUCCUGGCUUCGAGAACGAGCUCUCCUCCAGUCUGGAUGAGCUCUGCACCCCCGCCUUGUUCUCCGAGGGGCUCCUUCAAUGGUCUGCAGACUCCGACCUGCCGUACCCGCCGCCCCAGCGGGAGCCCAACAUCUACAUGGUGCCCCAGGGCAUCAAGCCGGUCCUGCAGCGCACGGCCAUCGAGAUCCUGGCCUGGGGGCUGAGGAACCUGAAGAGCUACCAGCUGGCCAGCGUCACCUCGCCCAGCCUGCUGGUGGAGUGCGGUGGGCAGCUCGUGCAGUCCUGCGUCAUCAAGAACGUCAAGAAGAACCCCAACUUCGACGUCUGCGUGCUCUUCAUGGAGGUGCGUUUGCCCAGCGAGAGCCUGUACAGCCCCCCCAUCAUCAUCAAAAUCAUCGACAACCGGCCCUUCGGCCGCAGGCCCGUGGUGGGGCAGUGCACCAUCCGCUCGCUGGAGGCCUUCUACUGCGACCCCUACCACGAGGAGGCCGACGGGCCCCAGGAGCACGCAGAUGACGUGAGCCUCACGCCCAGGGACGACGUCCUCAUUGACAUCGAUGACAAAGAGCCCCUUCUUCCUGCCCAGCUUGCCGAGGGUUUGACCAGCUCAGCACUAAUUAACAUGCCAGCUUCUCGGUCCGAACCUCAUAAGAUACCAUGGGAGGAAGAAUUCAUCGACUGGUGGAGCAAAUUCUACGCUUCCACGGGAGAGAGGGAAAAAUGCGGUUCCUACUUGGAGAAGGGCUUCGACACGCUGAAGGUCUACGAGACGGAGCUGGAGAACGUGGAGGACUUCGAGCAUCUCUCCGACUUCUGCCACACCUUCAGGCUGUACCGCGGGCGCUCGCAGGAUUCCAACGAUGACCCCUCGGUGGUGGGGGAGUUCAAGGGCUCGUUCCGAAUUUACCCCCUGCCCGACGACCCGCGGGUGCCGGCGCCACCUCGGCAGUUCCACCAGCUGCCGGCCAGAGGACCCCAGGAGUGCCUCGUCCGGGUCUACAUCGUCCGGGCCUUCGGCCUCCAGCCCAAGGACUCCAACGGGAAGUGUGAUCCCUAUGUGAAGAUUUCAGUGGGAAAGAAAUCCAUAAAUGACCAAGAAAAUUACCUCCCCUGUACGCUGGAGCCUGUCUUCGGAAAGAUGUUCGAGCUGAGCUGCACCCUGCCCCUGGAGAAGGACCUGAAGAUCACGCUCUACGACUACGACCUCCUGUCGAAGGAUGAGAAGAUUGGGGAGACCGUCAUAGACCUGGAGAACCGCUUCCUGUCAAAAUACGGGGCUCGCUGCGGGCUUCCCCAAACCUACUGCGUUUCGGGACCCAACCAGUGGCGAGACCAACUCCGUCCUUCCCAGCUGCUUCACCUCUUCUCCCUGCAGCACAACUACAAGGCUCCCACCUACAAGUCCGACCGGCUCAUCUUCAGGGAGCAGGAGUACAUCCUCUCCGAACUGGAGGACGGCAAACCCGUCAACCCCCACCUGGGGCCGGUGGAGGAGCGACUCGCCCUGUACGCGCUGCGGAAACAAGGGCUGGUGCCGGAGCACGUGGAGACCAGGGCUCUCUACAGCCCCCUCCAGCCAGAGAUCGAGCAGGGAAAGCUGCAGAUGUGGGUGGAUCUGUUCCCCAAAUCUUUGGGUCAGCCUGGUCCCCCUUUCAACAUCACGCCACGCAAAGCCAAGAGGUUCUACUUGCGCUGCAUCAUCUGGAACACCAAGGACGUCAUCCUCGAUGACCUCAGCAUCACGGGGGAGAAGAUGAGCGACAUCUACGUCAAAGGCUGGCUGGUUGGCCACGAGGAGAACAAGCAGAAGACAGACGUGCACUACAGGUCUAUGGGAGGAGAAGGCAACUUCAACUGGAGGUUCAUCUUCCCCUUCGACUAUCUCCCCGCCGAGCAAAUGUGUUACAUUGCAAAAAAGGAGCACUUCUGGAGCUUGGACAAGACAGAAAAUAAGAUUCCGCCGCAGCUUAUCUUCCAGAUCUGGGACAACGACAAGUUCUCUUUUGAUGACUACUUGGGCUCCAUUCAGAUGGAUCUCAACAGGAUGCCCAAGCCUGCCAAGACCGCAGAGAAGUGCUCCCUGGAGCUUGUAGAUGAAAGCUUGUCCUCAGGUCGCUUCGUGUCCCUCUUUGAGCAGAAAACCGUCAAGGGCUGGUGGCCCUGCGUUGCUGAGCAGGAUCAGAAGAAGACCCUGGCGGGCAAAUUGGAAAUGACUUUGGAAAUCGUGGCCGAACAAGAGCAUGAAGAGCGGCCAGCUGGCGUGGGUCGGGAUGAGCCGAACAUGAACCCCAAGCUGGAGGACCCCAAGCGCCCAGAGACCUCCUUCCUGUGGUUCACCUCCCCCUACAAGACCCUGAAGUACAUCCUGUGGCGGCGGUACAAGUGGGUGCUCGUCCUGGCCAUCGUGCUCUUCAUUUUGCUGCUCUUCCUGGGGAUCUUCAUCUACGCCUUCCCGAACUACGCUGCUAUGAAACUGGUGAAGCCUUUCCAGUGAAGCUGUGCUGGCAAACGCAUGAAAGGUCCGGUGCCUGCCUGGGGAUUUUGGAAGGAAGCUGCGGCUCUGCGCUGGAUCUCAUCAGCAGAUGGAGCUGGAGAUGGGGCAGCCUCUCUCCAGCCCAGGCUGCUGCCAAAAUGAAGACACAACUUCAUGACUUUCCCCGGUGCAGAAUUCCACCUGCAGCACUCACCUCGGAAGCAGUGCGUAAACAAGACCUACUCUGAGAUAUUUCUUAUUUUCCUUCCUUUUUUUUUUUCUUUUUUUUUCUUUCUUUUUUUUUUUUUUAAGUUAAGCUGUUCCUGAUCUUGAAAGCUUGAACACCAACGCAAAGCUGAAGAGGGUGGGUGAGAAAAGGACCUUUUCGUGUAUCGCCCGUGAGCACACAAAGAUGCAGCAGACCUUAGAGGGGGAGCUUUGGGCUGCUGGCGCGAGCAGCGUGUGCCUGCUAAAAUCUCUCAGGUUCUGAGCACACUUUUCUUUGCACUCCCAACAAGCCUUAGUUUUCCUUUGCCGUGUAACGUGUAUUAUCUGGUUUAUAAUAUAUAAAGUUUACCAAAGAUGGAAUGUGCUGCACAGCCUGAAACCCUGGGCUCUUACGUUGCCUUCCCAAAGAGCAAAAGCCAUGAGACAGAGGACCCAGGGGAAAGGCUCUGAGAUCCCAAACCGGGCUUGGUGGCAAUUGCUAAAUCAGAGCAACUGUUGAAUUUUGCUCUCUUGAAGGACCGCACAGUCUGGCCCACGUGUUUUGGAGCUUCUUUUUCCCCCUCGGUGGCUCUUUCCCCUCCAAGUGCCUCCCUUCCGAGCCAGUGCUGCGGUGGCAGAGAGCGCGGGGCCAGGCUGAGCCCUGCCCCGAGAGCAACUCCAGAGCAAAGCAGGGCACGGGGGCUUUGCCUUCCUGCUUUUCGCUGCCAAAUGCAAGCCCUGCAGCUACAGCUCAGUGACAUAUCGGUCUUUUUUUCUCUUGUGCUCCCAAAUAUGCUUAAGCAAAGCAGUACAAAAAGCAGACUGCAGGGCAAGCUGUGAAACUCUUUCUGCUUUGUGAACAAAAUAUUAUACUGAAUAUUCUGCAGGUGUUGCCCUGCCACAGAGCAGCUAUGGCAGGGCUGGGAUGGCAGCACUGGGACAUUUCUGCUGUUCCCUAUUCCCUCCUGCCCAUCUGUCUCUGCUGCUGCAAUCCCAUGGAGCGAUGUGGACUGAGAGGGACUUCUGGUUAUUAACAGCUCUGGCUCAUGUCAUGCUAAGAUGCUCAUCAAAACAGCAUUACUCUUGAAUUUUCAUCCUGCAUCCUCUCACCCUGCAAGGAGCCAUCUCCCAGCACGGGGCCACCAAGUGGGAAAGCAAAUGUCCCCAUGCGAGACAGCCGUGCUGCUGCUCUGCCCCUGCUCCGUCCCCCCGCAGGACCUGGGUCUGCCUUCAGCAGGACGAGGCACGGCUGCCUCGGGUCCUUUUGACCCCAAAAGCUCAGCAUGACACGUGAGAACAAGUAGCAGUGAAAAGUGAUCCUGGGGGAUCAGAGUUCCUCAGGACAAACUGUGCUGCUGGAAGCUCCUGCCCCGCUCCAGCAAGGCACUUAAGCCUGUUCUUAGCAAGGAGGCAGGGAACAAGCACAAUGCCUAAUUGCUUUGCUGGAUGGGGAUGCGAUGCGUUGAGCAUUAAAUCCCUUGUUAUUCAGUACUGUAACAGCACCCAGAUUGUCCGGGGCAGCUCUCUGCCACGUGUGAACACAGCGUUUUUGACAUGGAGAGCAUGCAGAUAUAAAACCUGUCCUCGCUGCGGAGGUUUGGCUCAUCCAGCAUCCUCCUUCCAAAAGCAGCUGGUGCUCAGCUGGUGGAGUCGGCUCUGGGCUUUCCCACCCCAGGGUGGGUGUUUCAUUUUACUAGCACAGUUAAAUGCUUCAUGUUGGCAUUUGUUCAGUUUUUUCCCAACCCUUAUUCGCACCCACACCCCAUUUAUUAGCCGCUGCCAGGCUACCACGUCUCGGUCAUUUUUUUCUGUGAUGCUUCCCUGCUGAGGAUCCGGUGAGCUGAGGGCAAAUGGUGCUUGGGUUUGUGCCUUUCUGAACGAGUUAUAAUUCUGUGAAAAUGCUGAAAAUGCUGAAAUGCUGGUGUGGUUGGUCCUUGCACCUCAUCCACCAUAACCCAGCUCUGCCCAGGGGUCUGGGUAUCUUGCUGCCUACCUGCAUGCCUCGCUCCCCCAUCUGCAGUGGGAAAUCAGGCCUGGUAUUUCAUUUCUUUGCUUCACUUUGCAGAGUCUGUAAAGUUUCCCACCGUGGCAUUAUUGCUCCAUGACCCUCACCUGUUUCAGAAUCACAGUCUUGGUGCCAGGACCCCCAAAGAGACGAGUGACCCAAGCUUGAGUUCAAAGCAGUGCUCAUACCUGGAUGCUUGCCAUCCAGCCUGCCACAGACAAGCAACCCUACCCAAACUCACCCACGUGCCACCUCCCAGAGCCUCUCCCAGUAUGAAACCUGAUUUUAUUUCCCAGACCCUACCAGCAGCUCUUCCCUGGCAAACCAGAACGGGUUGUCAGUGGUGUGAGACCAGGAUCCAGUGGAAAAGGAAAGGGUUGCAUCCCCACAUGCCAUCCUCCGUGUUCCCAAUCUGGGCUCUGGAGCUGAUUUUCAUGCCAAGAAGACUCCGUGGGCCUGUGGUGGGCAAAAGCAGGUCUGAGCAUCUGACAACAUCAGCUCAAUCUCUUUUUCUUUGCUGCUUGAACAGCCACAGCCAUCUGUUCGCCUGGCAGGGAGCCCUCUGUAGCUGGGUUAAGUCUCUCCACCGAAGCCAGCCAGGGGUAGGAGCUGUGUGAAGUCCGUCCUGUGCCUCCCUGUUAUUUGGGAUUUGGACAAUUUGGGGUUUGGAUGAUAGCCGGAUGAUGUCUGUAUCACCUGUCUAUGCCUUAUAUACAAUAACGCGAAUUUCACUGUGGUUACAAAUGAAAUGCUCUGAAACCUUC